AGGGAGUGGCAUCUGAACAGACGGCACUUCUCCACGGAGCAGCACAGACGAGUUACAGACUGUCAGUCAGUCUGUCACUCAAAGCAGCGGCCGAGAUCCGAAGUUAUUUCUCUUCCUUCGCACCGUUUUGUGGAGGCCGAUGAAGAGCGGGUAGCCGGCGCCGGAGAGAGAGAGAGGCCCGCGUUUCGUUGAGGUCAGCAGGAUGCAUCUGGUGGUGGAGCCCAUUCAGGACGCCGUGAUGAAGAUGCUGCCCUAUUUUGUGGAGAACGCCGUGUUGACCCAGAGUGAGAUUAACCGCAUCCUGAGCGAGAGCUUCUUCAUGGUGAAGGGUGCUGCUCUCUUCCUGCAGCAGGGAAGCAGCCACCAGGGCCAGAAAGCACAUCCUCAUCACAAACAUGCAGGUGACUUACCUCAACACCUGCAGGUGAUGAUAAACAUUCUUCGCUCUGAGGACAGAAUCAAACUGGCAGUGAGGCUGGAGAGCGCGUGGUCGGAUCGCGUGCGGUACAUGGUGGUGGUGUACACCAGCGGGCGACAGGACACGGAGGAGAACAUCCUUUUGGGAAUCGACUUCACCAACAAAGACUGCAAGAGCUGUUCCAUCGGCAUGGUGCUACCUCUGUGGAGUGACACAAAGAUCCAUCUGGACGGAGACGGGGGGUUUACUGUGAACACGGCCGGUCGGACUCAUGUCUUCAAGCCCGUGUCAGUGCAGGCUAUGUGGUCAGCCCUGCAGGUGCUGCACAAAGCAUGUGAGGUGUCACGUAGGUACAACUACUUCCCCGGAGGCAUGGCUCUCACCUGGAUGGGCUACUACGAGAGCUGCAUCGCCUCCGACCAGAGCUGCAUCAACGAAUGGAACGCCAUGAAGGACUUGGAGACCCCGCGGCCAGACUCACCCACCAUGUUUGUUGACAAGCCUUCAGAGAGAGAGAGGACAGAGUGCCUUAUCAAAGCCAAACUCAGAAGCAUCAUGACGUGCCAGGACCUCGAGAACGUCACCUGCAAACAGAUUCGCACAGAGCUGGAGCAACACAUGAACUGCAACCUGAAGGAGUACAAAGAGUUCAUUGACAAUGAGAUGCUGCUGAUCCUGGGUCAGAUGGACAAAGCCACGCUCAUCUUUGACCACGUCUAUUUGGGAUCUGAGUGGAAUGCGUCUAAUUUGGAGGAGCUGCAAGAGACAGGGGUGGGCUAUAUCCUCAACGUCACCAGGGAGAUCGACAACUUCUUUCCAGGCACAUUCAGUUACCACAACAUACGCGUGUAUGACGAAGAGGCCACCGACCUGCUCGCUCACUGGAACGACACAUACAACUUCAUUGUGAAAGCGAAAAAGAACCACUCCAAGUGUCUCGUCCACUGCAAGAUGGGUGUCAGUCGGUCCGCCUCCACCGUCAUUGCCUACGCCAUGAAGGAGUACGGCUGGUCGCUGGAGAAAGCGUACAACUUCGUCAAGCAGAAGAGGAGCAUCACUCGACCUAACGCGGGUUUCAUGAGACAGCUGGCGGAGUACGAGGGCAUUUUAGAUGCCAGUAAACAGCGGCACAACAAGCUGUGGCAUCCAGACGCAGACUGUGAGAUGGCAGAGGGUCAACAGGGCUUGGCUCAGUGUUGCGGAGGAGAGGAGGGAGGUCACCUGACCCCGGAGCCUGGGAUGUCUCCCUGCUGUGAAGAGGCUCUGUCCGACAAAGGUGCAGCGUGCCCCUCGCCAUGCAGGACUGUCUCACUAGAGAUCGACCCGGCCUACAACAACUACUAUUUCCGCCGGCUCUCGGACUCGGCGCUGGACAGUGAACCGUCGACGCCCGUCCGCGGCCCGCCCCUCCUAGGCAUGGAGAAGGUCUUCAUAGAGAUCGAGGACGUGGAGCGAGACGCUCUGCUGGACGACGAGCCGUUCGAUGGCCGCGAAGGCCUGCCGCUCCCCCACUUCGGGCCGACCGCCGAGGGGACCGCCGCCCAGACCUGCAGCCGCGGCCCCGAGCCGCUGGAGGAGCUGCGUCUGCGGCUGGAGUUCAGCACGGUUGAGGAGGAGGACGAGGAGGAAGUGCAAAAGGAGGAGGCGGAGAUGGAGGUGCUGAUGCAGCCGGACGACAGGGGGGGCGGCGAGGGAGGCGGCGGCGACGAAACGCAAGAUGUCGAGGUGGAGGGGGACACUGAGGGGAAUGGGAUGGACCUGGCGUCCCUCAACGAAAACUCCAACAACAACAACCAUUUGAGCAGUCCACAUAACCACAAAGUGAGUUUGAGUGACGCGAUGUCCAGCCAGAAAGAAGAUUCUCCAACUCUAGCUUCUAAGCUCUGCCUUAACCCCAGUCCUCCUGAAGUCCCAAGUGCUUCAUUCCCACAGUCCCAUACCUCUGCUGAAGACCUCGCCUCGUCCUCAGUGGGACUGCUCCGCCCCUGCGGCCCCCUGUGUCACUGUGCCAAGUGUGCAGCCUCCCCACCGGCAGCUCCCGUGGACGGGGAGGAGGUGCAGCCAGGAGGAUCGCUGCAACUAAUGAAGCCCGAGGACGCUGGAGAUGUGCCGAAAGAAAUGCCUGAAGCUGAUGAAGGUCAGACUGCGGCCGCCUCGGAGGCUCUUCCCGAACUGAUGACGAUGGAUCCGGAGGAGGAGGAGGAGGAGAAGGCUGCAGUGGCUUCUUGCGCUGCCCAACAGCAGGAGACCCUUUUACAGCUGCGCCAAUCUGGACUGGUCCGCCGCCGCGCCGAGAGACUGGAGAGGUUGUCGGGUUUGUCUCAGGAGAGCGUGCACUCUCUGAAGUCUUUCCACGCGUGCCACAAGUCCAAGAUGAGUCCCGGUCGCACCGAGGAGGAAGAGGAGUUCCCCGGCUACGCCGGCGACUUCGUCAAAUCUUCAACGCCAUGCCAAGUGCGGCUGGAGCCGCUGGUGGUUCCUCUGACCAAUGAAGCCUUGCUGGGGGUGGUGGGGUCGGGGCUGCUCACGCCCACCUCCUCGCCUCACGGCUCCACCCUGACGCGCAGCUCCAGCAGCGACAGCCUGCGCAGCGUCAGGGGGAAGCCCGGCCUCGUGCGUCAGAGGGCGCAGGAGAUCGAGACCCGCAUGCGGCUGGCGGGCCUGACCGUGCCCUCCAGGCUGAAGAGGUCCAACUCGCUGGCCAAGUUGGGCAGCCUCAACCUCUCCUCCGAGGACCUCUGUUCGGCCUGCUCCUCAGACGCCGGAACGCUGCUCCUCCUCUCGCUCUCCCCGGAGCCGGACCCCGGCCUGGAGUGGGACUCCUCCCCCACCGCCUCCGCUCUGUCCUCCCGGCCCUGCAAGGACCCGCGCACCCCCGAGAGGGCGCUGCCGGCCGAGCCCAGGAGCUGACGAAAUCAAGUGGAGGUCACACGCACUCCGCUCACCCCUUCGUCCGUCACCCCGUGGGGCUGGAGGAGGAGGCCGCGCAGGUUCACGAGAGAUUUGAAUCUGAGGAAACUAAUGAAAACUUAGAGAAAAAAAAACAACAAAAAAAAAACAACACACACACACAAUGCCAACUGUUGUUCAAAGGGGUCCGCAGACUCCUUUGCCACAUCGUUUCUCCAACUGCUGUUCACAGUGAUGAAAGUCAUAUUGCUGUAUCUGACAAGUGUGUAAAGCCAUCAGUUCACCUCUAACUUUGUUUGAUUCAUGGACAAACAAGUGCCUUACCUACGAGACCAGAGGCACAGAGCUGUGUGUUAGACUGCAGGACGAGACGGUACAAGACGCUCUAUAACCUUUAACCUGGUAUCCAUCGGCACUUACGUUAUAUUUUUUUACCCGCGGGGUAUAAAGUGGUAGCCUACACCGAUAAACUUGAGUCCCUCGGAAAGCUUGACGGAGAGCAAAGUGUUAAAUAAAUGUAGAGUUGUUUACCACAAAAUUUAUGUUUUAGAUGCUAGAGGGUUGUAAAAUUAAUGGUUACCUCAUGUUGCAUUCGCGGAGCUCUCGCUCAGACGAACGCCAGGCAAGAGUUUAACUCCGUUUGUCUGUUGACGUCGAGCGAAAGCGAGGAAAUCGGCCGUUGAAACGGAGACGCGCGCGUUAAUGCAUUCACUACGCGCGAGUCUCCGAGCGAGUGAAUGGGAUGAAAGUAGAGAGAGAGGAUUGGAAGUUUUGCCAGAGGCAUGCUCACUGUUUUCAACAAACAUCUCCGAAGUUUGUUGUUUCUUUGCACUGCUUUUUUUUAUUGAGUGAAUACUGGUACACAGCAAGCUAUCUUCCAAAAUAACAUUGGAGUAAUGUUAUUGACCUCAUCAUUCCCUGUAAUGUACGACGUGUUUGGGAGAGCAGAGUGAGGGCGACAUGCUGCAUGGAUUGAAAUCAUAAUACAAAUGCCAAAUGUGGCAGGAGCUGAGGAUUUAUGACAGUCGAAUCUUAAAGAGAUUUUCCCAGCCUGACUUUAGCCGAACAUUACUGUAUAAACAUUUAACGUACAGUAUAAACACAAAUCAUUACACGCGAAUCCAUUUUUAAGGGUUGCCAACAUUUUAAACUCAUUUGUGCUUUUUGAAAUGUGAAAGACCAAAGUUGUUUUUGCUUUUUUUGCUUUUUUGGCUGUCUUAACAAAUUUUAAAGACCAUUGAAGCUGUACAAAAAAUCUGUGAACCAUAAUGUCAAUCAUGUGCGUAAUUAAAUGCUGUCACGUCUUUUUGCACCUUUUGGGAGAAAUGAAAAGAGACUCCGCGGAGUCGUCAGGCUCAUAGCUGUUAAGCUUUUACGCUCAUAUCAUGGAUGAGUUUCGAAGCAUUUGUCACGCUGACGUGACGGCGAUCACAAUGGGUUACUUCACGGUCCCGUAACCAUUUUCCUUUUAUAUUUAAGUAUGCAGUAAUUUUUGUACUGUACAUUGCUGUAGUUUGAAUGCAUAUUGCACUUUUUUUGUUGGUAAAAAAAAUAACGUACUGUAUGUGUUAACUAUGGAAAUAAACAUUUCUUUUACAUAA